CAUCCAAAUGGCUGAGAAACUUGAAACAAAGCUAGGCGUCUAUAUUUCGUAACGGUCCCAAUGGAGCCUUGGGAGAGCAUUUUUACAGCCACCCUGCAUAAUUCGCAAUCCGCGCAUAGGCGCGUGCGCCGCACGAACACCUUCCCCUUCCUCGUUUUGCUGCCAAUUCCUCCUUUUUUUCGCCAGUUCUAACUGCAAAUUUCACCGCUUUCCAGUCCCCUGGUCUUCUCUCCUCUAGUUUCUCUUCCCAACUCUAGCUCUCUGUUUUCAGCUCGGGACAAAUAAAGGCGGACAAAGAGACGGCGUCUUCUUAUGUUUUUAUUGUCAGGAGCUUCUCGGCUGGAUUCUUCCAAAUUGGUUAGGGUUUUUUUGGCGGAUUCGCCGAGGAAGGGUUGUUGUUUCCAGAUGGAAGAUUGCUGCUUUUGGAGAUGAAUGUAGCUUCGUAUGUAGUAGGGAAAAGUGAGACUUGACGGUGAGGGAGGCGGAAAACAUAAUUUAUUAGGGGGUUGCUUCGUCUGAUGCGGUUGUGGGAACUCGUGUUUUUUGAAGAUGGGACUUGGUUCGGACGUGGUUGGAGCCAAUGAGAGAUGCGAUAAAGGGAAGAAGAAGAAGAAGAAGAAGAUUGGGGAGGUGACAGGGUGCUGGAUGAGUUUUAGUUUAAGAGGGAGAAUGGUUUCCUCGAGAUCAAAGGUGGAUACCUCCAUUAGUAGAGGAAUCACGCUUUGUGCAAGCAAAUCAGCAAACGAUGGGAGCAGGGUUCAACCAGUUUCACCAAUAGCCUCAUUGUCAACGACAACCAGCACCACAGAAAGUAGUUCAUCAACUUCUAGAGUUGGUGAGGACCUUAGUUUAGCUUUGCAGCUAAGGAAGUUCACUUUUAAUGAGCUUAAAUGUGCCACAAGGAACUUCAGACCAGAAAGCCUUCUAGGAGAGGGAGGAUUUGGCCGUGUUUUCAAAGGUUGGAUUGAGGAAAAUGGAACUGCUCCUGUGAAACCUGGUACAGGGCUCACUGUUGCUGUCAAAAUACUUAAUCAUGAUGGUCAACAAGGGCACAAAGAGUGGCUGGCUGAAGUCUAUUUUCUUGGCGAGCUUCUCCAUCCAAAUUUAGUUAAGUUGAUUGGGUAUUGUAUCGAAGAUGACCAAAGGUUGCUGGCAUAUGAAUUUAUGCCUCGUGGAAGUUUGGAGAAUCACCUUUUUAGAAGAUCCUUUCCUCUUCCAUGGACCAUACGAAUGAAAAUAGCACUUGGUGCUGCUAAGGGCCUUGCUUUUCUUCACGAGGAAGCUGAGAGACCUGUGAUAUAUCGUGAUUUUAAAACAUCUAAUAUCCUUUUGGAUACUGAUUAUAAUGCUAAGCUCUCUGAUUUUGGACUUGCUAAAGAUGGUCCUGAGGGAGAUAAGACUCAUGUAUCAACUCGUGUAAUGGGAACCUAUGGGUAUGCAGCUCCAGAGUAUGUAAUGACAGGACAUCUGACCUCGAAGAGCGAUGUCUACAGCUUUGGCGUAGUUCUACUUGAAAUGAUGACCGGCCGGAGGUCGAUGGACAAGAGUCGGCCUAAUGGAGAGCAAAACCUUGUGGAGUGGGCUCGCCCUAAUCUCGGGGAACGGCGGCGGUUUUACCGGCUCAUCGACCCUCGCCUGGAGGGCCACUUCUCCAUCAAAGGAGCUCAAAAGGUCGCGCAGAUUGCUCAUAAAUGCCUUUGCCGGGAUCCCAAGUCCAGGCCACUCAUGAGUGAAGUAGUUGAAGCGCUAAUACCCAUGGUUGACUUCAAAGACAUGGCGUGCUCCUCACAGUUUUUCCAGAUCAUGCUAGAAGAAGCAAACACUAGCUCGCGGCAUGGUAGGAGUGGCUUGAAAAAGCAGGUUUUGUUCACAAAACAUGGACACCAUCCUGUGAAGACUUUUUCAUAUAGUUCUCGUGGGUCGCCCUUCGUCCAGUCCUUGGCUAAGCCAGGCAGUGUGCUUGCAUGAAUCCCUGGCUGCAUGAAUGUUACAAUUUAUAUGACCAAUAUGCUUCAUUUUACAUUUUUUUAAGACCUUUUUUUAUUUAAUUUUUUUAAAUUUUUAACCAAAUGCCAUCAAGCCAAGGUAUGCCAGGUUAGUUUUUUGGCUUAUUGCUGGCUAUUUUCUCUUUUCUUAAUUGUUUUUUCUUUUAGGUAUUGAUAACUGGGACUGUUCGCAUUGUUGAAGGAUGAAUUAUUGAUUUAUGAAUGUCAGUCAGUAGUUUGGUUGGUAAAGAUUUA